GAGACAUGGUCUCCAGGUCAGUUGGCUCCGUCCCUUGUGCCGUUCAGUUAAUAUAGGCCGGCCAGCCGCGCCGCGAGCCUUGCCUUGCCGUGGCGUGGCGUGGCGUGCGUGCAAAACGCUCCAUCGCCCGUCCGCGCCUGCCUUCUUAGCUAGACCCCACACGCCGAGACCAGACCGGCACCCCCUUUUCCUCCUCGUACCCACAACACAACGCCACCUCUCUCUCUCCAAGCUCUCCGUUCCUUCUCGUCAAGGGUUCUUGUUCUUUUUAUCAAUUGCACAUCAGCGCGGUGUGUGCAUGGAUCGGCGGCCGGAGCGCAAGGCGAAGCGCGCGCGGGAGGAGGAUGCCGAUGCCGCGCCGGACUUCCCGUUCGAGGAGGCGGCGGCCGCGGCGUUGGGGGCGGACGACGACGCCGGGGAGGCGUCGCGGCGGCCCCCCGGGGUGUUCCGGUUCCCGUGGCAGAAGUGCCGCGGUGGGCUUGGCGUGUCCCCCGGCGCCGGCGCCGGCGGCGCGGGGUGGGAGCUGCGGGACGUCUUCUUCCGCUCCCUCGUCGACGGAGGCGCCGCGGCCAUCGGCGUGCCGGGGGACCGCCUGGUGUCACCGCCGCGCAGCAAGCGCGCGCUCCUCGACGGCGUCGACGCGUGGCUCGCCGCGGCCGCCGACGGCGAGGUGGACCCGGUCUGGCGGUCCGCGCUCAUGUCCCGCCGCGGGCCGGCCUCGUCGGCCGCGUGAGGGUGGACGGGGGGAGGACGGGCGCGGGCCCUCCCCCCGCGCACGCGCGCCGGGGGUGUGAGCCCCGCGUGCAUCGAGUGCGCCGCGGCGCCCCCAUCAUCAGCCGCGUGACGCUGACGUGGCGCGAGGCAACGCUGUGGGAGUGUGGGACCGCUGGUGGUGAUGAUUAGGAUUUUUCAAGUACAGGAACGUGUUCAAAACUAUAUAUGGCCAUGGGGUGAUUCUUCUCUUGCCAAUGUCGCUUCUGUUUCUUGUA